AUGGGAUUCUCAGCUGGGAAAAGGAAAUCACGAGACGAAGAAGGAGAAGAAGAUACAGUGAGCUUAGCUUCUGCUGAAUUCCCCAUGGAUGACCUCAGCGAUGACGUCCUCGAGAGAGUCCUCUCAUGGCUACCAACCUCCUGUUUCUUCCGUAUGAGCUCCGUCUGCAAGCGAUGGAAAUCCAGCGAAUCCUCCAAAAGCUUCAAGCUCGCUUGCUCUCAGAUCCCUCGUCGAGAUCCUUGGUUCUUCAUGGUUUCUAACGAUCCCGAUUCCUCGUUCGUUUUCGACUCCACCGAGAACAACUGGAAAAAACUCAACCGCCGUCGUAACCGCUCCCUCAUCCACCACCAACGCGAUUUCAUCCCCGUCGCUUCAUCCGGCGGCUUGCUCUGCCUCCGCUGCUCCAUCUCCGGCGAAUUCCUCAUCCGUAACCCCCUCACAGGAUCCUCCCGCGUACUUCCUUCUCCAAUCUCUCAAGAACAUCUCCAAGCCGUAGCCAUGACAACCACCGUCACUCCCUCAAGCUAUAAACUCGUUACAAUCUCCGGCGAAACCCCAAACCUAACUUUCCGGUUCUACGAUUCGAAUUCCGGUUUAUGGAGCAAAGAACUGGAGUUAGCGAAGAGCGAUACAGACAAUGAGUACAACGCUCCAUCACAUGAUGAUGAAACCGGAACAGUCUACUUUCUCAGCAAGACAGGAAAUGUCGUUGUAGCGAGUAACGAUCUCCAGAGAAGCCCGUCGAAGCAAUACUCUUCUGUUAUAACCGUUAAAGACAAGACAGAAACCGUCUACUUCCUCAGCUCUUACGGAACAAUCAUAGCUUGUGACCUCACGAAACGAUGCUUCACCGAGCUCCCUAAGCUUCUUCCUCCAUUCCUGGAGUACUCCAUCGACUUGGUGGAAUGCAAUGGAGCCAUGUUUGUGAUCCUUCUCUCUGAGUUCUACGAAAGCGCCAGCUUAAGGAUCUGGAAACUAGAGAACCAGAAGUGGGUUCAUGUCGGGAUGUUGCCUCCUGCCAUGUCUCACGAGCUAUACGGGAGAAAAGGAGACAUAAACUGCGUAGGAGGAGCAGGAAGCAAGAUACUUGUGUGUUUCAAUGCGAAUCCUCCUGAGGUGUAUUAUAGAUACUUUGUGUAUGAUUUAGUUACACAAGACUGGACUGAGUUACCUAUAUGCUUCAACGAUGGUGAAGCUGUGGAUUUCGUUUCCGCUCUUUCCUUCCAGCCUCGGAUCGAAUCAACAGUUUGA